CAUAACCUAUAAAUCUUUUGUGCAAUCUAGUGUUUUAUAAAAGAUUGUCAUUACAUUUGUUGUAUAAAUAAAUAAUUUCUCUAGUUUAUAAGCGCUUUUUUAAUUUGUCUUUAUGGCGUCAAAAAAGGUAUUUGAUCGGUGUUGUAAUCCUUUUGAGUUGGAAUCUCAUUUUAAAAAAAUUGGUUUACGUCCGGCGACUGAUAUUAUGAAAGUAACGUUAGGAUUAGAUGAUAAUUAUUUAUUAUGCAGUUCAUGUCGAAAAAAAGCUUCAGAGUUAGUGAAGCAACAAACAAAUGCUCGUAAUGAUCCUAGUGCUGAUGUAAGUGACCGUGAAGACAACUAUAGUGACAAUAAUGACAACAAUGAUCAGGCUGAUAAUGAUAGUAAUACAAGUGCCACGGAUCUCCCAUUAUCCUUAUCAUUCCGUUCCAUGUCAUUUGAUAGCGAACCCAAAGCAUCACAAUCAAGCUCAGGAUCCCAAGUUAGCGCUGCAACUCAAUUACCCGUAAUAAACCCCGCAUUGGACUUGUUCACUCAAUCACCGAUUCCAUCGAAGAAAUUGAAUGAUAAUCAAUUUUUGAACAAUAAAAUAAAUCGGGUAUCCGACAGCUUGAAAAGUUUUGCUUUCUUCUUCAGAUGA